AACCAAGUGUCAAGUUGAACACGUAAACGAGUUUUAUAAAUUCGUUGAUUAUUGCAUGUUUUGUUAGAAAUUUCAUAAAAUAAUUAGUAGAAUAACUUCACAAUGGUUCACACAACUAUGGAAGGAUCUCUUUUUGAACCAACAUUGUACUUAGUUAAGGGUAUGUGCAUCCUGGAUAACGAUGGCAACAGGAUCCUCGCUAAGUAUUACGACAAGGAUGUGCUGCCCACAGCUAAGGAACAGAAGGCAUUCGAAAAGAACCUGUUUAAUAAGACACACAGAGCGAAUGCAGAGAUAAUAAUGCUGGAGGGUCUCACCUGUGUGUACAAGAGCAAUGUUGACCUGUUCUUCUAUGUCAUGGGCAGCUCACAUGAAAAUGAGUUGAUUCUGCAAUCAGUAUUGAACGCUCUAUACGAGUCGGUAAGCAUUCUGUUACGAAGGAACGUGGAGAGGCGAGUGCUGCUCGACAACCUGGACGCUGUGAUGCUGGCCUUCGACGAGAUCUGUGAUGGCGGUGUGAUCCUGGACUCUGACCCGACCUCCAUCGUGGGUCGCGCGGCCCUCCGGACCGAGGACGUGCCCCUCGGCGAGCAGACUGUCGCGCAGGUUUUACAAUCGGCAAAGGAGCAGCUGAAAUGGUCGCUGUUAAAAUAAAAACAAAACUUAAUUUAUAAUAAAAAUAUAAUAUUCAAUAAGUUACUUUUAA